AUGAAUCCUGCGUUACCCCACUCGUAUCUUUCAAUUGCAUGGCGCCGCGACAGGGUUACAGCAGUUCUUCAGUUCUGUAGCAUGGUGGUGAGCGGAGUGGCGGGGUCGGUGGGACAAAGGUCCAUUGAACGUUCUGCGAAGUCGCUUGCGAGGUUGCUGUCGGAGUACGGUUCUGUGACCCGAGUGUGCAACUGGCUUGUGGUUCUCUUAGAGCUUUCACCGGCAGGUGUGCGCCGAACGAUGCGAGCAUCACCGGGUUUUUUUACCGGCAUCGCACGAAUCGUAACAACGAUUUUCUUGGGACUGUUCUUGGCGAGUGAAGAGGUGGAGCUGUUAGCUGCUGGCGGCGUGUUGAGUAAAGUGUGGCGUCCGCAUGCUGCCCGGAUGGUUCCCAUAUUUUUUUUUUACUACAACUUGUUAAAGGCGGGAACAAGUGCUGCACUUCUCCAGGCGAUGCAGCGCAUUUCAUUUGAGGCCACAGACACUCAGAGUGUCAUUCGCAAGCGGCAUUACAAGGAGCUGUUUCUUUCCUUUAUGGAGGGCAUUGCGUUUAUGGUGUACGCCAUGACACUCCUGCCAAGCAAUGCACCGCGGCUUAGGGAGGCACUUAACGAAGGUCUCUGGAUGGACCGUGUGUACUCUGUGUUUUCAUCACUGUGCCCGCAGGCAGUUCAGGUGCGUCCGGCCACUCAAGGACUCCUUGGGCUUCUUGCAACAGCCCCCUUUCUACUUUUAUCGUCUUGA